GUGAACCAGUAAUCGAUGACGCUUCCUAAAACGCUGUGAGGUUAAUUCCUAGGACUAUACAUCGUACAUCUCACUGUAUUGAUGUUGCUGACAAUAGAUUGACGGUGUAUCGUAACAAAUAGUAUGGCCUCCAGCAGACGCGUGUCAGCGGAAGCAAACGGUUCCCUGUCCGUCAGUAACCAAGACAACGGCACCACGCUUCCAGACUCGUAUCCCUCAUUCUUCCAGAAGUACACAUCUCGCAGAUGGAGCAUCGGGUACAUGAUGGUCUUGGCCUUCGUGCUCGUCCAGUCUCUGGAGAACUGCAUGUCAUUCGCGCUCGUCUGUAUGACAAGGGAGAUUACUCAGGAACCGGACUUCAACCACACUGUCAUUACGUCGCAAGAAACGUAUCCUAACAUUUGGAAUACCACCAUGUCAUCCAACAUGUCAUCAAAUGGCGGCAAGACAAUUCCAGGAGAAUUCAGUUACACGAGCGAGAUGCAAGGACUCUUCAUCUCAUCCCCAUUCUAUGCCGGCAUUAUUUCACCAAUAUUCGGCAGUUUGGCGUCACGGAGAUUUGGACCAAAGAGAGUUAUCUUUUUUUGCAUGCUACUAGGGGGCACUAUGGAAAUUCUUGUACCCUUGUCUGCACGUACCAAGGACUAUCUGGUCGUCAUUUGUAGGAUUAUUAUGGGAUUUGCAUUAAACAUGAUAUUGCCGGCGUCUCUGGACAUCUGGCUCUACUGGUCCCCUGCACGGGAGAAGGCACAAAUGGUUACAUACUCGUUUGCAGGCUUCAACAUGGCAAACAUAGUCACCUUCCUGAUUUGCGGGUUUCUCUGCGUCAUUCCAAUUGACAAUGGUUGGCCGUUUAUAUUUUAUGUGUUUGGUGGAUGUGCGGUGAUCUGGUGUCUGGCAUGGCUUGCCAUAGUAUACGACAAACCGGAACUCCAACCAAGUAUAUCACACGAAGAAAAGUCUUACAUUUUUCAACACAGGACCAAUGUGGACAAUGAUCGUAAGGACAGCCAUAUCCCAUGGAAGAGCAUGGUCUCCAGUGUACCAGUGUGGGCCUACUGGGCUGUCAUGUUCUUCCAUGCGUGGAACAGCAGCGUCCUCUUCAGUUAUCUCCCCACGUACAUGGCCACAGUGCUAAAUUUUGAUGUUGAACAGAAUGGUGCCCUCUCCUCACUUCCAUACGUAACACGGGUCAUGGGCACCGUGGGGUGGAGCAUCAUCUCAAUACAGCUGAUGAAGGUCAUCUCCAUGACCCACACAAGGAAGCUGAUACAGACAAUAGGUUACACAGUGUCGGCUGCACUUACCAUUGGUCUUUGUUUCCUGGAGGACGGCCAAGAAUACAUCGCUGUUGCCAUGUUCGCAUUGACCACGCCCUUCACGGCUGCCGCAGUCAGUGCGGCUAUAGUAAGCCCUGUGGACCUUGCCCCACAAUACGCUUCCGUCAUGACGUCAGCCGGCAUUGCCUUUUCUCAGAUGGCAAUGUCAACAGCACCAGUAGUAGUGUCCUACAUUAUCCCAGAGAAGACCAGGGACCAGUGGGCUUCGGUCUUUUAUAUGAACGCCGCCGUGUAUUUUAUCGGGGCCUUAACGUAUCUGAUAUUUGGCAGCGGAGAGAUCCAACCAUGGGCAGACAACUCUGUCGAGAAGAAUGACGUUGAAGCGCCCAGGUCCAGGAAGCAGAGUGAAGUAAACGCAGGGUACAUCAACGACGCGGACGAGAUGUCAAAGAUGUGAUGUAUGGCUUGUGUGAUAGCAGUGUGAGGGAUUCAACACAGACAUUCUUUUCUUCAAAAAGGAGCCCAAAAAAAUCGGUUAACUUUUUCAGGACAUCCAACAAAGCCAGCAAACAGUAUAUCCCCCUUUUGAUUGAAUCUACUGGGACGAAUUCAGCAUUUGAAACUAUAAACCAUCUUUCAGAAACAGAAAUAGCCUUCAUUUGUCCCACUCCAACGAUCGAACCGAACAACCUUACGUCAAUAAAAUUAAGUAAUAAUCAGUUA